AUGACACAGACUGUGCCUUUUGGCAAGAAAUUCAAAGAAACCUACUUCACUAACAUCAAUCCACAGUACACUGCAGUGAACCAUGGUUCGUACGGAUUGUUCCCUGACAAGAUCUUCCACAGAUAUGUGGAGGAAAUGAAAAAAGAUUUGUACAAUCCUGACAAUUACGUGAAGGUGCAACAACCCGAAACGUACAAGAAGGCACUUCAGACGCUUGGAGAGUUUUUUCAUUGUGACUACCGCAAUCUUGCUCUUGUUGACAAUGCUACCACUGGGGUAAACACUAUUUUGAGAAGUUUCCCCUUGGAUAAGGGUGACAAAAUCGUCUAUCCCAGUACCAUAUAUGGUGCUUGUGGCCUAACCAUCAAAUUCAUGGUCAAUCGGUAUGGCAUUGAAGCUGUUCCUAUUGAGUUGGUCUACCCAUUGGAAGAAACAGAGAUUUUGUCCAAGUUUGAAAAGGUGUUCAAAGAACAGAAGCCCAAGAUCGCUCUCUUCGAUGUGGUUAUCUCUAUGCCAGGGGUCAAGUUCCCCUACGAGGAAAUGACCGAAUUAUGUCGCAAAUAUGGAGUCUUGUCCUUGAUUGACGGCGCUCAUUGUGCUGGGUUGAAUCCUAUUGACUUGGGUAAGUUGAGGCCAGAUUUCUUCGUCACCAACUUGCAUAAGUGGCUCUUUGUUCCUCGUGUGUGUGCUUCUUUGUACAUUGAUAAAAAGCACCACCGUAGUGUUCAUACUCUUCCUGUUAGCCACUCGUACUUGGAUGACAAUUCCAAGGUCAGUGCUGAGGAUGAAGAGAACUGGUUGGUUGAUAGGUUUACCUUUAUUGGAACCAAGAACUUUGCUUCAAUCGCUGUUAUUGGUGACUGUAUCAGGUUCAGACAAGAAGAAUGUGGAGGUGAACAAGCCGUCUAUGACUAUUGUCAUUCUCUUGCUAUUAAGGCUGGUGAUGCCGUAAGCAAAAUAUGGGGAGGUCCUGUCUUGCAAAAUAAAGCAAAGACAUUGGUCAGCACGAUGGUUACUGUAGAACUACCACUCGAGCAGUUUGGUUUGCUGAUCACUGAUUUUACUGGCAAUUAUGUUGAAACCAUUGAAUACGUUUUUGGAAGAGAGUUUCAAGAGUAUAACACGUAUGUGCCAGUUAUUGUCCACAACAAGAAGAUGUACGGGCGCUUCUCGGCACAGGUAUAUACGGAACUCUCCGAUUUCGAAGUUGCUGCCAGAAAGGUUGUCGAAGUAUUUAACACAUUAGCUGAUGAUCCGAAGUUUAGAAAGUUGUCGGGGAAGUCGAAGUUAUAG